ACCGCUAAUUUCCAAUACGCACCCAAACGUUCUUCCCUCCUUCCACGGAAUACCCGUCCAAGCCUCUCACCACAAAUAUACCACUGACUCCGAGGAAGCUAUAAAUACCUGCGGCGUACCCUUGCCGUCUUCAUCCGCUGCUCGUAUCCUUCUCCUCCUCUCUCGCCUCCGUACUUCAUCAGAUCCUCCUCCGACUCUGUACCCGGGCGAUCGGAAAACCCUAGCGAAGAGAUCCAUGGCGGCGCUUGCGAGCGGCAACGGGACGAUUGACGCGGCGGCGACGGCGGAGCAAAGGGAGACGGCCCAAGCGGCGCCGAUCCGUUCGGCGACGAACCCCAUGGUGACGCCGCUCCUCACCGACCUGUACCAGUUCACCAUGGCCUAUGCCUACUGGAAGGCCGGGAAGCAUCUCGAACGCGCUGUGUUUGAUUUGUAUUUCCGUAAGAACCCCUUUGGUGGUGAAUAUACAGUCUUUGCUGGUCUGGAAGAAUGCAUUCGACUCAUUGCCAAUUUCCAUUUCAAGGAGGAGGAUAUCUCUUUUAUGCGCUCGGUCAUGCCUACUUGUGAGGAUGGUUUCUUUGAAUAUCUCAGAGAACUUGACUGCUCAGAUGUUGAAGUUUAUGCUGUCCCCGAGGGUUCUGUUGUUUUCCCCAAAGUGCCUUUGAUAAGGGUUGAAGGCCCAGUGGCGGUAGUUCAACUGCUUGAGACCCCAUUUGUUAAUCUUGUAAACUAUGCCUCAUUGGUGACUACAAAUGCUGCACGACACCGAUUUGUUGCUGGAAAUACAAAAAAUUUACUUGAAUUUGGACUUAGAAGAGCCCAGGGCCCUGAUGGUGGAAUAAGUGCUUCAAAGUACUGCUACAUUGGAGGAUUUGAUGCAACAAGCAAUGUCGCAGCUGGAAAUUUGUUUGGCAUACCCCUUCGAGGAACACAUUCACAUGCCUUUGUUAGCUCGUAUAUGAGCCCUGACGAGAUUGUUGACAAAUCACUUCAUAGUCAUGAUGGUUCAAGUACUUGUAUGGAUUUCCUUAGUCUGGUGCAGACAUGGCUCAGCAAACUCCAGUUUUCAGAAUCACUGCAUGGUGUUUUUGGUGAGACAAAUCAAAGUGAGCUUGCUGCAUUCACUUCAUAUGCGUUAGCUUUUCCAAAUAACUUCUUGGCCCUUGUAGACACAUAUGAUGUUAUGAGGAGUGGCAUUCCCAAUUUUUGUGCAGUAGCUUUAGCACUUAAUGAUUUGGGGUACAAAGCAUCUGGAAUUAGGUUGGAUUCCGGUGAUCUAGCUUAUCUGUCUAUUGAAGCUCGAAAAUUCUUUCAGGCAAUAGAGAAGGAAUUCAAUGUACCUGGUUUUGGAAAAAUGAGUAUUACAGCUAGCAAUGACCUGAAUGAGGAAACUCUUGAUGCCUUGAACAAGCAGGGACAUGAGAUUGAUGCUUUUGGAAUUGGCACAUAUCUUGUUACAUGCUAUGCUCAAGCAGCUCUUGGCUGUGUGUUUAAACUUGUUGAGAUAAACAAGCAGCCCCGCAUUAAACUCUCUGAGGAUGUUACGAAGGUUUCCAUACCAUGUAAAAAGCAAUGUUUCAGAUUGUAUGGAAGAGAAGGUUAUGCCUUGGUAGAUAUCAUGACUGGGGAGAAUGAAACACCUCCAAAGGUAGGAGAGCGUAUUUUGUGUCGCCAUCCAUUUAAUGAAUCAAAGAGAGCAUAUGUUGUGCCACAGCGUGUGGAGGAACUCUUGAAGUGCUAUUGGCCCGGGAGUUCAAAUAAGCCAAGAGAAGAUUUACCCUUACUCAAGAACAUUAGAGAUCGUUGCAUGCAACAGCUAGAACAAAUGAGGUCUGAUCACAUGAGGAGGUUAAACCCAACACCUUACAAGGUGAGUGUCAGCGGGAAGCUAUAUGACUUCAUUCAUUUCUUAUGGCUCAGUGAGGCCCCAGUUGGUGAACUGCAGUAAAUGAGGAUAGUUUGGGACAAAAUAAGGGAUCAUCAUCCAGAUUUUCCACCUCGUAUAUGGUAUAGAAAAUAUGAUGUUAAAGGUGCUUAUAGUCGAGUUAUUUAUCCUCAUUGAUAGGCUGCUGUUGCUUAGGAAAUUGCACCGUUUUACAAAGCCCUACGUUGGGGUUUCAAUUUUUAUUUCAAUCCUGUAACAAAUACGGUUAGAUGCAGUCUAUUGGUGUACUAGUUUAUGCCAUUCACCAUGUUUUUUUUU